AAUAAAGGAAUCAGCAAAGAACGAAAGAAAACUCAAUGAAAAUUCAUCAGGGCAGGGUAAUUUGAAAAAAUAAACAAUAAAAAACAAAAAUACAACUUCAACACCGAUAAAAAUUGGAAAAAAGUCAUAUUCAUGGCAACGCAAAGUAAAAGACAGUGGAAGAAAUAACAGCAAAGCAAUCGAAAUAGAUUCCAAAGAAAAAUUGUGAAGAAAUUGCAUUAGUUUGCGCAGCAGGCGAAGGAGAAACACACAAAUAUCAACACUAAUUAAAAAAAAUUAACGUGCGGUGACAAGCAGACAAACAAUUUAACAAAUUCGAUUAAAUCACCAACAUUUACUUGGGCUUGGUUGCACAUAUUUAAAGGGAGCGAUGAAGACCAUUGAAGAAAUUAAACAAGAGUUUCCACUGCACUGGCAUGUAUGGCAAAAUAAUGUAGAGGAAUUACGAGAAAUCCUGAAGAAUGCAAAGAUUGAUAAGGAAAAAGUCGAUCCCAGAGGCCGAACCCCACUGAUGUUAGCGGUGAAAUUGGGACAUUUACAAUGUGUUAAAAGCCUGCUAAGCGCCAAAUGUAAUGCUACUUAUGAGCAUGAGGGAUGGUCAAUUGUCCAAGAGGCCGUAUGUACGGGUAAUGAAGAGAUAUUGACUGCCAUUUUAGAGGUACGCGAUUUACAACGUCAUGUCCAGCGGGUAACACAUGUCCCCAAGUUAUUGCAACAUUUAUUGGAUGCUCCAGACUUUUACAUCGAAAUGAAAUGGGAGUUUACGUCGUGGGUUCCUUUGAUGGCACGACUCUGUCCAAGCGAUACUUACCGAGUAUAUAAACGCGGAGCAAAUGUUCGUAUCGAUACCACGUUACUGGGGUUCGAUAAUAAUACGUGGCAAAGAGGGAAUCGCUCCUAUAUUUUCAAAGGGUCAAAUGAAAGCGCCACAAUGAUAGAAGUUGAUCAUGAUACACGUGAGGUUAUGAUUGAACAAAUGAAUUCAGAGAUUGGUGACAUUAUAGCAAUACCACCACCGAUUGGUGGGGUGAAGGCUCGUCUGAAUGCGCCGGUCAUUACGAAUAGCAUUGAAAUGGAGAAGAUCAGUUUCGAAAGAAAUAAAUCGGGCAUAUGGGGAUGGCGAAGUGAAAAGUCAGAAGUGAUAAAUGGCUACAAUUGCAAAGUAUAUGGUGCAAGUAAUGUAGAAUUUAUAACCAAAACUCGUAUGGAUCAUUUGACAGAGGAGCAAAUUAAGGCCAAAACAUCAAGAACGCCCUUCCAUAACUUUUUGGGAUUAGCCGAAGAGGAGUAUAUAUCAAGUCCAGAUUUAGCCAAUUUAAGGGAAAGGACUCCAACGCCGCAUACUGAGGAGCAUAAUGAAAACGGCGAUGAGGCCUCCAACAGCAAUAGUUCCAAUAAUUCCGGUUCCAGUUCACCCAGGACUGUUAUAACCCCCCAGGAAUACUUUUCCAAUGAUGUCGACUUGGGGACUCGUGAUAUAGGACGACCAAAAAAACUAAAUACCAAAAUACAACGUUUUAAGGCAAAUCUUUGGCUCUGUGAAGAUUAUCCAAUGCGUUUACAGGAACAAGUACUUCCAAUUUUAGAUCUUAUGUCCACCAUGGCCAGCCCGCAUGUGUCCAAAUUAAAAGACUUUAUUACAAUGCAACUGCCUUCCGGUUUCCCAGUUAAAAUUGAGAUACCCUUAUUUCAUGUUCUCAAUGCGUGCAUCACGUUUGGCAAUGUCUUUGGCAUGACCACACCGGUGGAGCAUGUUACGACAAUUAAUGAAGAUGAUCGCAUUACAUGUAUAGUGGAUGAUGUGUGUUUUAAUGAACCGCUACACUACACCAAAAAAGGAGCAGACGUAAGGCGCCAAAUGCCAUUAGACGAAGACGAUAUGCUGCAAUACGCCAUUGAACAAAGUCUGGUUGAAACAACAGGUGGAGCAUGUAGUGUACAUAAUUUGGAAAGUUCCUCAUCCUCAGAUAAAGUAGAUAUUUGGGAAGCUCUUAGAGGCCAAGGUGUUGGGGCCGAAGAUGAAGAGGAUGAACAGCUUCAAAGAGUGCUACAAGAAUCGUUGUGUGCAGUCAACUUGGCAAGUUCUCCAGCUUCGGAUGACGAUGAUGGCGGCUUUAAGUACAUUGAUCCGGAUUUGGCGCUGGCUCUGCGGCUGAGCCAGCAGGAUCAGCAGCAAUAUGAAUUGGAACGCAAACGCGAACAGGAAAUGAUAGAGCAAGCUUUGAAAUUAAGCUUACAAGAACACUAGAUGAUGGGUUUUCGUAUUCAACUUAACAUCACUAAGUUGCUUUUCAUUUAUUUAACGUUUUGUUAUUUGUUUAAAACAAACAACAAUUGUUGUGAUUUUUGAGUUCUUCUCUGAGACGUGUCCUUUUAAAAUAAGUAUAUAAUUAUGUUUUAAUUUAAUACAAAAAAGAGUCAUUUCAAUUAAUUGCCACAUAUAAUUUUGGUAAUUUAUAUAUUUUUUGUUUAUAAACAUACCUAAUUUAUGCCAAAAUGUCUUUAUUUGCAAAUUUAUGUUUAUUAAAAUCGUUAUGUAAGAUCUUAUAAUUAAAAAAAAGAAAAAAAAAAUAUUCAAAACCCAAUUAUAUACACUAAAAAAUAUAUAUACUUUUGUAUACUUAAUUGUAGCAAACGUAUAUGAAUUUACACAUAUAUGUUAAACAUAUUAAAUAGAACACAUUCACAUAUAUACGUACCACUACAAAAAGAAAAAAACCAUACACAUACACAGCAGAGACUUCUUAUUAAGAUCGUAACAUUUCGCAGUGAAGAAGAAGACGAAAUCUAAAAUAACUAUACUAUCACUUUAUUUUAAUUUGUUAUGUUUACUAUAUAGAGAAGUAAAAAAAAAAAGAAAUAAUGAAAGUGAAAGAAAUAAAUCAAUACCAUACACGAAAAU